AUGCCAUCGCAGCUGGAGGGUGCCAUGGAUUCACUGAUCCACGUCUUUCACAAUUAUUCUGGAAAAGAGGGAGAUAAGUACAAACUCAACAAGGGCGAACUGAAGGACCUUCUGCAAAGUGAACUGGGAAAUUUCCUGGCGUCUCAGAAGGACCCAUCUCUCGUGGACAAUAUUAUGAAAGAUCUUGAUUCCAACAAGGACAAUGAGGUGGAUUUCAAUGAAUUUGUUAUUUUAGUUGCAGCUCUGACCGUUGCCUGCAAUGAGUUUUUUGAAGAGCAGCUUAGAAAAGAAGGGAAAGGCAAGUAG